AUGGCAGCUCCGGUUAAGGGUGGUGUGUCUCGCAAGGCAUCGAAACAGUCGCUGGCUAAAGUUGCCAAGAAACUGCCCAAGAAGCGGAGGAAAUCUCGCAAGCAGAGCUAUUCUGCUCUGGGCGCUUACCCAGGUCCACCCUUCCACCAGGAUCGUGUCCAAGACUAUCAGUGUCAUGAACUCGUUCAUUGUCGACUUUUCGAGUGCCUCAUUUCUGAGGCCUCGCACCUCAUUCACUACAAGCACCACACCAUCUCGGCCAGGGAGAACCAGAGCACUGUCCACCUUAUGCUGCUGGGGGAACUGGCCAAACACAAUGCCUCCGAAGGCACAAAAGUGGUCACCAAAUACAUCAAGUCCAUUUAUAUCAACAAUAUUAAUAAUAGAAGAUAG